AUGCAGCCGGAGAAAUACCGCUACAACACUGAUAAUGUUUUCCUGAGAGCGGCCAUGACAGGAGAACGAGUCCAAGCAGAAGGAAAACUUGCAGAAGGAAGAGUCAGAAAAAGAAUUAAUUCGAAACUUUUGAAGAUUGUAAGUUCUGUCGAUAGUGCUCAACCAACUAGCAUCUUGGAAGAGUUUACGAGUGAAAAGAGUUCAGAUGAGGCAGAGGAGAGUGUCAAAAGUAACCAAACAGCGGAAGAACGCGACAGGCAAACCAGGUAUCUUCCCUUGGCAAACUGCAACAGCCCAACUGAAGUGAUGUCAUCACUGCGAAACAAACAUCUUGCUGAACGUGACGAUGGGUUGUAUCAUGAUGACGCUAGUAAAAAAGGUUUCUGGAGAGCCUUCUCGAAAAAAAAAAGGAAGAAAACAAGAGUGCAAGAGGCGACAGACUCCCUUCCAGAUGUGCUGAAAGCUGUAAAAGAAGCUGCAGAAGCCCAUUCAGAGGUUCUGAAAAAGUGGCAGUCAACAUUUGAUGACAACGAUGAUUGA